AUCGGACGAGACCUUUGCUGCCGACGGGGAGUGGUUUGAUAGUGGCAAUUGGGCUCCUGGGAAUAGGUGCAAGCAUAUUGCUGCACAUGCUGAGACUACUAUCGAGUUCAACAAUAUGGGGGAUACUGUCAGCGGGGUGUCGGGACUGGCUUGGCUUGUUAGCGAAGAAAGUCAGGAUAAAUACCUAAG